GAGCCCCGUGGGUGUGAAAGGAAAGAGUAUCUGGAAAGACAGGUUCAGCUUUUAAGACCUCGUUUCUUACCAUAUGCUCGUCAGAUCGCGAUGGAACCAGCAAGGAUUUUCGGAACGUGUUUACUUCUUUUUCUCUUAUUUUUGGAUGAGACAGAGUCGCAAGUUGUCACCGUAAGUAGCAGUGGUUUAGUAGCAAGCAUAAACUCAGGUGGUUUACAAGGAAAUAUUGAAUUUCUUGAUGAUCCAAAAGGAACAGCAAUCCGGGUAUUUUUAAGAGGAGGAACUUAUGGAGAGAAAUUCAGAUGGAAAAUUCAUGAAUUUCCAUCUAUACCAGGAACUGCUAAUCCCUGCAGUGAUGAAAAAAUUGGACGAACAUAUAUUGAUUUCACUGAAAAACACGGAACGGUUACAGCUGGUCAAGAUAUGGUUUUACUUUCAAAUCUGAAACUGAUUCCAAAUGCAUCCAUUUUAGGAAGAACUCUCGUACUACGAAGCCCUGAAACCGGAAGAAUUUCAUGCGCAGUAAUUCAACCUACAUCGAGAAUACGAACUUACCAAGCUAAACUAUUUUCACCCCUUGGAGGAACAGUUGUUGUUAGACAAAGUGCAUUUGGUACAGGAAUUUCAUCACAGCUUUGGUACGUAAAUGGAACGAGAAGGGAUUCGAUUCAUCGUUGGGCAAUCAUGCAAUCCAUUUCAGGUGUCUCUGAAUCUCCAUCAAUUACUUUCCAAAAUGAAGUCACACAUUGUGCUAAUCUUCAAGCAACACCCUUUUUCCACAUUUCUGAGGCAGUAGGAUAUGCUGCAGUUGGGCGUGAACCCAGUUCAAUAACUGGUCGUACUUAUCACUCAGUUGUCUCUGCUCCCAUUCUUGAAAAAGUUGCUAAUAGUCUUUAUAUUGCCAUAUAUUCUGAUAUUGAUCCAUCAGAAGUUCUAGCAUGUGGUCGUCUAGUACCAAUUGAACCUAGACAAGCAAUGGCAAAGUUUGAUUCGGAAGCAUCUGGAGAGAUAUCUUUUCGGCAAGAAUCUCCUUUUGACCCAACUCUAGUUACAAUAAAUUUAAAUGAUUUGAAUAAAAAAGCUUACAGCUAUGGAAUUGAUGAAUUACCAUUAAUAUUUAGAGGAGACAAGACUGAGGUAUGUCCCAAUGUGAAAUCUAUUAUCUACAAUCCACUGAAAAAAUCACCAGAUGCCGUUCCAGAGCCAAAUAAGGGUAGUUCAGAUCAAUACGCAGUUGGUGAUUUGAGUGGAAAAUUUGGACCAUUAAAUAAUGCAGAAAAACAUUUUCAGCAAGUUUAUGACCCUCAGUUAUCUUUGUUUGGAGUAAACAGUGUGAUUGGUAGAGCUAUAGUGAUUUAUUAUCCCGAUGGUCAACCUCUUGCUUGUGGAAAUAUUGAACUUACUGGAAGGAGAGUUAUUACUGCUUUUGCAACAUUUGAUUUUCCUUUACAAGGACAACUUAUUUUAAGACAAGACAGAGAUGACCUUGUUGCAGACACUUCUGUAUAUUUAGAGCUAUCUUAUCCAUCAGCUGCGUCUCAAACCAAGACCUAUCAUCACCCUUGGCAUGUAAACGAACGAGCAAUUCCAACUGGCCAACGAUUUAGCCUGAGUGGUAUAGAAUGCCUUCAAGCUGGUUCAGUGUUCAAUCCUUACAAUGUCAGCGUUAAUGGUUUUUACUUUAGUCAUUGUUCCGGUUUAGCACCUCAAAGAUGCCAAGUUGGAGACUUUUCUGGCAAAUUACGGCACCUUGAUAUCCCUCCGUUUGGAAUUCAGGGAAAUAAACAACAAAUAUCACGAUAUUAUUUUACAGACCCAAUGCUUCCACUUGUAGGACCGGCUAGUGUCAUAGGUAGAUCUGUCGUAAUUAAUGAGCCUGAUUUUGGAGAAGGUCGACUUGCAUGUGCCAAUAUUUUCGAACAUUAUAGUGAUUAUGGAAAAUAAUAUUAGUUCCUUGAUAAAAAAUAAUAUUUAAUUUUGAGACAAUAAUUUUCAAUCCAAUUUUUUGGAACGAAAAUUGUACUUAAUUGGAGAAUGUUGAAUGCCUGCCAUAUGCCAUAUAUUCUGAAAUCAAUAUUGCAUCAAAUCUUUCAUUAGAAAAGAAUUAUGUAUAGAUUCUCUAUGAGAAUCUUUAUUUGCUUGAUGUAAAGUAACUUAAUUGAAAAAUGGUGUAAUUAUUUCAUUUGUCAUAGGUGCUACGUGUAUGAUAAUUGUAACUUUUCUGUGUCAUUUUACAUAAAACAUAGUUACUAAA